CCAGUGUUUGUGUUGGAAAAUCCAACUGCGCCACGGGGCGGAGCGGCCCCCCCAGCCCUAGCCUGGGAGAGGGGGGGCCCGCUCGACCCCCAGGAGACCCUGGGGAGCCUGAAUACCUGGGACCCCCCAGAACCAGGUUCCCCCUAGACAUCAUGGCAGCCCUAUAGCACUACCCACCUCACAGUGGUCUGCUGCACCCCACCAUUGGGGCACUGGUUCCGAUGAGACUGGGCACACCAAACUCCAUUUGGCUGUUACUGAGGCGGAGACACGGGUGAUGAUUGGCCUUCUGGGGAGAGAGGAAGUCCUGUGAUUGGCCAGAUCUCUGGAGCUCGCUGACGCAGUGAGGGGACGCUCCCACGGAGUCCGGAAUUGGCUUUGAAAGACUAGGGGCUGCCAUCUGGGGACAGUGGGCACACACUUGUUAGAGCAGCUGGAGUGGGACCAUCAUCCCAGAGAGCUGGGGCAGGGGGCUGUGCCCGAUCUCCAGGGCUCCUGGGGCCACUGCUGACCUGGCUGGAUGCAUCGGGCAGUGGACCCUCCAGGGGCCCGCGCUGCACGGGAAGCCUUUGCCCUUGGGGGCUUGAGCUGUGCUGGGGCUUGGAGCUCCUGCCCACCCCAUCCUCCUCGUAGCGCAUGGCUGCCUGGAAGCAGAUGUUCAGCCAGCAUUGGGCAGCACCCGCUCCCUGCCCCUUUACCCCCUUCACAUGGCAGUAGCUCUGGGCACCCCAGCAAACCAUAUUAUGCUCCAGGGACGCCCACCCCAAGACCCCUCCAUGGGAAGCUGGAAUCUCUGCAUGGUUGUGUGCAGGCACUGCUCCGGGAGCCAGCCCAGCCAGGGUUGUGGGAACAGCUUGGGCAGCUGUACGAGUCAGAGCAUGACAGCGAGGAGGCCAUACGUUGCUAUCACAGUGCCCUUCGAUAUGGAGGAAGCUUUGCUGAACUUGGGCCCCGCAUUGGCCGACUGCAGCAGGCCCAGCUCUGGAACUUUCAUGCUGGCUCCUGCCAGCACCGAGCCAAGAUUCUGCCCCCACUGGAGCAAGUGUGGAACUUGCUACACCUUGAGCACAAGCGAAACUAUGGGGCUAAGCGAGGGGGUCCCCCAGUGAAGCGAGCUGCUGAACCCCCAGUGGUACAACCUAUGCCCCCUGCAGCACUCUCAGGCCCCUCAGGGGAGGAGGGCCUUAGUCCUGGAGGCAAGCGCAGGAGAGGCUGCAGCUCUGAACAGACUGGCCUUCCCCCAGGGCUGCCACUCCCUCCACCACCACUACCACCACCACCCCCACCGCCACCGCCACCACCACCUCUGCCUGGCUUGGCUACCAGUCCCCCAUUUCAGUUGACCAAGCCAGGACUGUGGAAUAGCCUGCAUGGAGAUGCCUGGGGCCCCGAGCGCAAGGGUUCAGCACCCCCAGAGCGCCAGGAACAGCGGCACCCGCUGCCUCACCCAUAUCCAUACCCAGCUCCAGCCUACACCGCGCAUGCCCCCAGCCACCGGCUGGUCCCAGCCACUCCCCCAGGCCUGGGCCCCCGCCCCCCAGGAGCAGAGAGCCAUGGCUGCCUGCCUACCACCCGUCCCCCCGGAAGUGACCUUAGAGAGAGCAGAGUUCAGAGGUCGCGGAUGGACUCCAGUGUUUCACCAGCAGCAACUACCACCUGCGUGCCUUAUGCCCCUUCCCGGCCCCCUGGCCUCCCCGGCACCACCACCACCACCACCAGCAGCAGUAGCAGCAGCAGCAGCAGCAGCAGCAGCUCCGGUCUCCGGGGCAUGGAGCCGAGCCCAGGCAUUCCUGGCGCUGACCAUUACCAAACUCCUGCACUGGAGGUCUCUCCUCACCAGGGCCGCCUGGGGUCCUUGGCACACAGCAGUCGGAAACCAUUCUUGGGGGCUCCUGCUGCCACUCCCCAUCUGUCCCUACCACCUGGGCCCCCAUCAUCUCCCCCACCCCCCUGUCCUCGCCUCUUACGCCCUCCCCCACCCCCUUCCUGGUUGAAGGGCCCGGCCUGCCGGGCAGCACGAGAGGAUGGAGAGAUCUUAGAGGAGCUCUUCUUUGGGGCUGAAGGACCCUCCCGUCCCCCCCCUCCGCCCCCUCCUCCUCCGCUUCCUCCGCCUCCUCCCCCCCCACCCCUCCCCCACCGUGAGGGCUUCUUGGGGCCUCCGGCUCCCCGCUUUUCUGUGGGCACUCAGGAUUCGCACACCCCUCCCACUCCCCCAGCCACCAGCAGCAGCAGCAGCAGCAGCGGCAACAAUGGCAGCCACAGCAGUAGUCCCACUGGGCCUGUGCCCUUCCCCCCACCUCCCUAUCUAGCCAGAAGUAUGGACCCCCUUCCCCGGCCACCUAGCCCCACACUGAGCCCCCAGGACCCACCUCUCCCACCUCUGACUCUUGCCCUUCCUCCAGCACCUCCCUCCUCUUGCCACCAAAAUACCUCAGGAAGUUUCAGGCGCUCGGAGAGCCCCCAGCCCAGGGUCUCCUUCCCAAAGACCCCCGAGGUGGGGCCAGGGCCACCCCCAGGCUCCCUGAGUAAAGCCCCCCAACCUGUGCCGCCUGGGGUUGGGGAGCUGCCUGCCCGAGGCUCUCGACUCUUUGAUUUUCCCCCAACCCCACUGGAGGACCAGUUUGAGGAGCCAGCCGAGUUUAAGAUCCUACCUGAUGGGCUGGCAAACAUCAUGAAGAUGCUGGAUGAGUCCAUUCGAAAGGAGGAGGAGCAGCAGCAACAGGAGGCAGGCGUGGUCCCCCCGCCCCCGCCCCCACCCCCGCUGAAGGAGCCCUUUGCAUCUCUGCAGCCUCCAUUCCCCAGUGACACCACCCCACCCACCACCACCACCACCACCACCGCCGCUGCUGCCACGACCACCACCACCAUGACCACCACCACCACCCAGGAAGAGGAGAAGAAGCCACCACCAGCCCUGCCACCACCACCGCCUCUAGCCAAGUUCCCCCCUCCCCUGCAGCCACAGCCACCCCCACCCCCACCUCCACCACCAGCCAGUUCGGCCAGCCUGCUCAAAUCCUUGGCCUCCGUGCUGGAGGGACAAAAGUACUGUUACCGGGGGACUGGAGCGGCCGUUUCCACCCGCCCUGGGCCCUUGCCCACCACUCAGUAUUCCCCUGGUCCCCCAUCAGGUGCUACCACCCCACCACUCACUUCAGUUUCCCCCAGCGCCCAGGGCUCCCCACAGCCCUCUGCUUCCUCGUCAUCUCAGUUCUCUACCUCAGGCGGGCCCUGGGCCCAGCAGCUCAGGGCCGGUGAAGAGCCAGCCCCAGGCCCCUCUACCCCCGCCCAGCUGUCCCCACCCCUGCCACCACCCCCUGCUCGCUCUGAGUCUGAGGUGCUAGAAGAGAUCAGUCGGGCUUGUGAGACCCUUGUAGAGCGGGUGGGCCGCAGUACCGUGGAUCCCGUCGACCCAGUGGAUCCAGCCGACCCGGUGGACAGUGGGACUGAACGCCUGCUACCCCCUGUACUGGCCAAGGAGGAGAGUGGCGGGGUGGCAGCAGGGCCAGGCAGCAGCAAGCGGCGGCAGAAGGAGCAACAGAAGGAACACAAGGAACAUCGGAGGCACAGGCGCGCCUGCAAAGACAGUGUGGGCCGCAGGCCCCGCGAGGGGCGGGCCAAGACCAAGACCAAGGCCCCCAAAGAAAAGAGCCGCCGCGUGCUGGGGAACCUAGACCUGCAGAGUGAGGAGAUCCAGGGGCGGGAGAAGGCCCGGCCUGAUCUAGGUGGGACCUCCAAAGUCAAGCAACCCACAGCCCCAGCCCCCACGUCAGCUCCUGUACCUUCUGCCCAACCCAUUCCCCCAUCAGUCCCUGUUCCCGGGAAGAAGGCUCGAGAAGAGGCUCCAGGGCCCCCAGGCGUCAGCCGGGCCGACAUGCUGAAGCUGCGCUCGCUGAGUGAGGGGCCCCCGAAGGAGCUGAAGAUACGCCUCAUUAAGGUAGAGAGUGGUGACAAGGAGACCUUCAUCGCCUCUGAGGUGGAGGAGCGGCGGCUGCGCAUGGCAGACCUCACCAUUAGCCACUGCGCCGCCGAUGUCGUGCGUGCCAGCAAGAAUGCCAAGGUGAAAGGAAAGUUUCGAGAGUCCUACCUUUCCCCUGCUCAGUCUGUGAAACCGAAGAUCAACACUGAGGAGAAGCUGCCCCGGGAGAAACUCAACCCUCCAACACCCAGCAUCUAUCUGGAGAGUAAGCGAGAUGCCUUCUCGCCAGUGCUGCUGCAGUUCUGCACAGACCCUCGAAAUCCUAUCACCGUCAUCCGGGGCCUGGCAGGCUCCCUGCGGCUCAACCUGGGCCUCUUCUCCACCAAGACGCUGGUGGAGGCGAGUGGGGAGCACACUGUGGAGGUGCGCACCCAGGUGCAACAGCCCUCGGAUGAGAACUGGGACUUGACUGGCACACGACAAAUCUGGCCCUGUGAGAGCUCCCGUUCCCAUACCACCAUUGCCAAGUAUGCACAGUACCAGGCUUCAUCCUUCCAGGAGUCACUGCAGGAGGAGAAGGAGAGUGAAGAUGAGGAGUCAGAGGAGCCAGACAGCACCACAGGAACUCCUCCUAGCAGCAGUGCGCCAGACCCAAAGAAUCAUCACAUCAUCAAGUUUGGCACCAACAUCGACCUGUCUGAUGCCAAGCGAUGGAAGCCCCAACUACAGGAGCUGCUAAAACUGCCUGCCUUCAUGCGGGUAACGUCCACUGGCAACAUGCUCAGCCAUGUGGGCCACACUAUUCUGGGCAUGAACACUGUCCAGCUCUACAUGAAGGUCCCUGGCAGCAGAACACCAGGCCACCAAGAGAACAACAACUUCUGCUCUGUCAACAUCAAUAUUGGUCCUGGUGACUGCGAAUGGUUUGCUGUGCAUGAGCACUAUUGGGAGACCAUCAGCGCCUUCUGCGAUCGGCAUGGCGUGGACUACUUGACUGGUUCCUGGUGGCCAAUACUGGAUGACCUCUACGCUUCCAAUAUUCCUGUGUACCGCUUUGUGCAGCGCCCUGGAGAUCUGGUGUGGAUUAAUGCGGGGACUGUGCACUGGGUGCAGGCCACUGGCUGGUGCAACAACAUUGCUUGGAACGUCGGGCCUCUCACCGCCUAUCAGUACCAGCUGGCCCUGGAACGAUACGAGUGGAACGAGGUGAAGAACGUCAAAUCCAUCGUGCCCAUGAUUCAUGUGUCCUGGAACGUGGCUCGCACAGUCAAAAUCAGCGACCCUGACUUGUUCAAGAUGAUCAAGUUCUGUCUCCUGCAAUCCAUGAAGCAUUGCCAGGUGCAGCGAGAGAGCCUCGUUCGGGCAGGGAAGAAAAUCGCUUACCAGGGCCGGGUCAAGGAUGAGCCUGCCUACUACUGCAACGAGUGCGACGUGGAGGUGUUCAACAUCCUGUUUGUGACCAGUGAGAAUGGCAGCCGCAACACGUACCUGGUGCACUGCGAGGGCUGCGCGCGGCGGCGCAGCGCGGGCCUGCAGGGCGUGGUCGUGCUGGAGCAGUACCGGACAGAGGAGCUGGCACAGGCUUAUGACGCCUUCACGUUGGCCCCGGCCAGCACGUCGCGAUGAGACCGGACGCCCCGCCCGCCCGGCCCACAGGGCGCCGCGGGGCCACCAGCACACGCCUGGGCUGGACCUGGGUCCCGCCUCUGGCUGGGAAGGGAAGGGGGUCGGGCCCGGCCCUUCUACCUUAUUGGCAGCUCCCCUCACUUAAUUUAUUAAGAAUUUUUUUAAACAAAUAUGAGGAAAAAAAAGAAAAAAAAAAAGGGAGACGGGGGAGGGGGCUGGCAGCCCCUCGCCCACCAGCGCCUCCCCUCACCGACUUUGGCCUUUCUAGCAAGAGACACAAGGACCAGGCUCCGGCGGCGCGGGGUCGAUACGGGUUCCCUCGCCUGCCCCCGCGCCCGCCCGCCCGCUCGCGUGUACAUAGACUUACUGGCAGCCGAGGUUUUUAAUGAGAUUCUUUCUAUGGGCUUUACCCCUCCCCAGAACCUCCUUUUUUUUUUUUUUUUUUUUUUAAAUUUCCAAUGCUAGCUGUGAUCCCUGUACAUGUCUGUUUAUUCACUUGGUUAUGAUUUGUAUUUUUUGUUCCUUUUUUGUUUUUGGUUUUUAAUUUAUAACAGUCCCACUCACCUCUAUUUAUUCUUUUUUUUUUUUUUUUUGGGAAAACCUGACCUCCCGCACUCCCAAGCCAUCCCGCCCGCCCCUCGGGGACUCGCGCGCCCCAAUGUGUCUGGGCUCUGCCCCCAUCCGUCAGUCUCCGCCUGCCCCCCCCUCCGCCCCCGGCCUGCGGCUCCUGCCAGGCUCUCAUGGUGCUCAAACCUGCUCCCCUCCCACACGUCCUGCACUUUUCUCAGACCAGUCCCCCGACUCCCGACCCGACCCGACCCCUCCUGAGGGUGAGCGACUCCUGUACUGUAGGGGAAGAAGUGGGAACUGAAAUGGUAUUUUGUA